AUUUUUCUUGUCGACCAAAAAGUUGGGAUUCGUCCUGCUGGUGGUACGACCUGGUUUGUCUCAAAACGGAAGAUUGCAAUCGGUGAGGAAUACGUGUAACGAUGCUGGGUGCGCCAGCACGCGCUGCCCCGCCAAGCAAGACUCCUCUUGGAAGCCCUGUCCGAAUGCUUCUUCAGUUCGGUGUUUCUUAAGCCGUCUCUGAGGAGAAUUUAGGGCACCCCGCGAGGACUUGACGCACCAGAUCCAUGGAAGGCGGUGCGAGGGACGGCGAAAGCCUGCAGCUUCCGAGCAAUCUCAGCCGUUCCACAACGGCCGAGCAAGAAAAAAGAGACGGCGACGGGAAAGAAAGCGGAACUAGGCGCUUCAACAUACUACUCUGUAACUUGGUCUCAGCCAGCAGGGAGAAGGCUGCAGAAAGGAAGGAGGAUGGGGAAAAAUGUGAAGAAGAAAUUGAGCACUGCUGUAAAGUGGAAGCGGCGGAAACUGGUGGUGGUGGUGGUGGGUUUAUGAAAGAAGCAGCUAAUGAAGAAGGGAAAGUUCAAGAUUUAGGAUCUGAAAUCAGUAAUAGUAUCGGUGGUGAUGGAGAAAAAGAGAAGGGUACUGAGGGGGGAAAUGAACAAAUGGACACAGAAGAAGAGAAGGGUAGUGGAGGAAGAGGAGGCAUCAUCAGCAGCAUUAUGUCUCGCUUGUCCAAAUCCCUUACUUCAGGUGCUGAAUUGGGUAGUGAGGAGGAAACCAUCUUGCUUCAUGCCCUUUUUCGUGACUAGGUGAAGUAUCACCUCUUGACCUAAGAAGCUGGUGAGGCAACGUUUCCCAGCCACUUUGAUCAUUUUGCUUUGGAAGAUCUUCGGCUCAGUUUGGAUGUGCUACUCCUGUUGUAUAUAGUAGGCCUGUAUCAAUGAAAUAAAAAUGACCUGUUUGUUUUUUGUCAUUACGAUGCAUACACUUGGUGUAUAAUAUGUAAAUUAGUUCACUUCUGUUGUAUAUAGUAGGCUUGUAUCAAUGGAAUAAAAAAAAAAACCUUUUUUU